CAUGCUCUGCCUCAGCUCAGCUCGCCUCUUGGGCCUGUAGUCAAUCUUGGCUAUGCUGCUUUCGUGGGCAAUUCCACGAGUCCAAUUGGUCAGACCAAUGGACCUGUAACUUUCUUUGGUGGAAUACCUUAUGCACAACCACCGCUCGGAGAUCUACGUUUCAGAGCCCCUGCGUCACUGGAUGAAAGAGUUGUGAAUGGCGGGCAUGUUUCUAUCACGGAUGCCCGUAACUGGGGUUCGCCAUGCAUGCAGCAGCCAGGUCAGGUGGGCAUUGGACAAGAAGAUUGUCUUUUGCUCAACAUUUGGAAACCGACUGACACGAAGGAGGGCGAUAAACUGCCUGUCAUUGUCUACAUUCACACUCCUCAAGGCUUUCCGCUGUAUGAUUGGGUCAAUCAGUCCAAUCCUAAGAUCGUCGGGGUGUCCAUUGCCUAUCGCCUAAAUCUACUCGGUUUUCUUGCAGGAAGCUCGGUACGAGCAGACGGAGACGAGAACGUGGGACUUCUUGACCAGCGAGCCGCCCUUGAAUGGAUACAGCGUCAUAUCGCAAGCUUUGGAGGCGACCCGGACGAGGUCACAAUCGACGGUCAGAGCGCCGGCGCUGCAAGCGUCGUAAUGCAAACGGUUGCUUAUGGUGGCUCAAAGCCGAUUCCAUUCAAGCGCGCAAUUGCACAAUCAGUCGGUUACGGUCCCUUACUCACAGCAGACGAAGCUGAAGCUGCAUUUAAAGUCGUCACAGAGGUCGUUGAAUGUCCCGAUUCCGGCCCGCACGCAAUGUCUUGCCUUCGAAAUGCUUCCAUUGGUGCCAUUGUGGCUGCUAUCAAUGCGGCUCCGGGAAGAGGCAUUUUACCCGCUGUCGGCGGACCUGGCAGUAUUCUCCCGGACUUGCCAAGCGCACUCAUAAGGUCAGGGAACUUUAAUACAGUUGAUUUCAUAGGUGGACAUGCCACAAACGAUGGACGCUGGUUCUUGUCUGGAACUCCCCAAGACUAUAAUACAGAUGCGGACGUAAUACAGUUUGUGUUCAGCCGUUGGGGUACACACAUGUAUAACAACAGAAAUUGUUCAAAGACGAAUGAGACGAUACGGGAAUCACUUGCUCUCUAUCCAGCUCCCGGAACGCCUGGCAGUCCGUACGACACGCAAUAUGAUCGUGCGGCAACGAUAUUCCAGGAGAUCGUUUAUACUUGCAUGGAUUGGCUGCUUGCGGAUCGCCUUCAACAGAAUGGUGCAAAUAACGUUUUCGCAUAUAGGUUCAACUCUCCGAACCCUGUUCUGCUCGCAGCAUCUCCGUGGGAGGGUGUGAUGCACACCUCGGAUCUCUUCUACUUGUUUUCCGCGAACGCAGGGUUCACAUUUACUCCAUUCAACAGUACCGAGGCUACCCUCUCAAGGGAAUCAACUGCAUUCUGGACGUCAUUUGUAUCCUCUGGGAAUCCAUCGACGUCUCGGGAGGACGUCUCACCUGAGUGGAUGCCGUUCUCGACGGGAAAACGAAUGGUUCUCAACCAACAGAUAAAUUCGAGCUCUAUAACGAGUGCUUCAAUGAUGGAAGUAACUCCACCGGAUGAGAUUGACCGAUGCGGAUUCUGGAUGUCGAAGAAUGUGUCGGAUCAGACGAGAGUCUGA